AUGAUAGGUGGUUCUUUUGUUAUAUCAUUACUUAGCGGUGCUGCUGCAGGUACAUCUACUGAUUUAGUAUUUUUCCCAAUUGAUACUAUAAAGACCAGAUUGCAAGCCAAAGGUGGGUUUUUUAAGAAUGGUGGAUAUCACAAUAUCUAUAGAGGUGUUGGAAGUGCCAUAGUGGCAUCAGCACCUGGUGCAUCUUUAUUUUUUGUUACAUAUGAUACAAUGAAGAUUCAUUCGAAGCCAUAUAUUAAUAGAAUAGUUGGUAAAAAUAGUUCAGAACAACUCGUGGAUACAUUGACACAUAUGUUUGCGUCGACUUUGGGUGAGAUUUCUGCAUGUCUUGUAAGGGUACCAGCUGAAGUCAUUAAACAACGUACUCAAACAAGUACCUCUCAUUCAUCAUACCAAACAUUAAAGAUUAUCUUACAAAACUCUAAUGGAGAAGGAAUUCGAAAAAAUCUAUAUAGGGGAUGGUCAACUACUAUUAUGCGUGAGAUACCAUUCACUUGUAUACAAUUUCCAUUAUAUGAAUAUAUGAAGAAAAGAUGGAAAACUGCGGAAGGUUCUGAAAUUUUGUUACCAUGGAAAGGUGCCAUUUGUGGUUCAAUUGCCGGUGGUAUUGCAGCAGCAGUUACGACACCUUUAGAUUUUCUUAAGACAAGAAUAAUGUUGCACACAACGUCCGAACGUACCGGAGCCAUGGUACGUACAAUAUUAAAAGAAGAAGGUCCAUUAGUAUUUUUUAGUGGUAUUGGUCCAAGAACUAUGUGGAUUAGUGCAGGAGGAGCAAUCUUCCUUGGAGUUUAUGAGUCAGUACAUUAUAUGUUGUCCUCAAAAGAAGAGGGUAAUAUGAAAUUACAGUAA